GGAUUCCUAACUUGUAGCCAGAGUUGCAUCUUAUGCUUUGCAGGUAGCCAAAGAUUGGUUGAUAGUCAUCUUUGAACACUCCCGGAACUUCCUUCACGAGGGCCCGUUAUCACGAACCCGCAAGGCCAUUGGUGGUCUGCUCUGCUGUUAGUUCAACCUUUCCUCAACACUCAACAAUCAUUAUACAUAAUCUUGGCAGAGUCUCAAGGUUUCAGGUCACGGAGCUCACUGGAAAAUUAAUGGAGAAACUUGGGAAUUUGGCAUUCGACAAAGGAACGAAGUGGUACUAUUUGGUUGAUAAUCUAAGGUCGCUCGAAACGAAGUUGCAAAGAUUACGCAACAGGAAAACUGACUUCGAGUCGAAAGUGAAAGUUGCAGAAAGAUCAGGUACUAAGAAAAGGAAAAGGGAGGUUGAGAAUUGGUUUGAUGAGGUAGCAAAAGUAGAGAAUGAAUUCGUUGCAUUGAAAACGAGCAUACAAGAGGGAGGAUUUCUAGAAAAUGCAAUUAGCAGUGGGAAAAGAGUGGAGAAAAUGGAUGCAAUUGUAGAGCAACUGAUGGUGCAAAGUGCUAGUGAUCAUUUUGGUGAGCUUUGCCUCGAGGCUUCUGAGAGCAGAGGUGAGCCACGAGAGACAACAGAAUUAUUUGGAGAAAUGUUUCGCAAAGGUCUGGAAACAAUCACGGCAUGGUUGGACACCAAUGAGAUCUUAAGGAUUGGGAUCUGGGGGAUGGGUGGCGUGGGUAAGACUACAUUGGCGGAACACAUCCAUAAUCACCUCCUUAAGAAUACUCAAUCCUUAAGGGUUUAUUGGGUUUCUGUCUCCCAAGCUUUUACCAUCAAAGGGCUGCAAGGUGACGUUGCUAAACGCUUAGGGCUUGAUCUGUCACAUGAGGAAGAUGAAAAAGUGAGGGCACGUAAGUUGCGUGACACAUUUGAGAAAUGGGAGGAAAUGGUAGUGCUCAUAUUGGAUGAUGUUUGGGAAGACUUUGGUUUAGACAGCUUGGGGAUUGAUGCAAGAAAUUGCAGACUGAUUUUGACUACACGCUCAGAAGAAGUGUGCAACCGGAUGCAAUGCCAUCCCUUUGAGUUGAAAACUUUGGACACAGAGGAAGCUUGGGGUUUGUUCGAGCGUACACUUGGCAGCGAGACCGUGCUUGAUGGAGAUUUGGAACGUAUUGCCAAGUCCAUCACGGAAAGGUGUGGUGGUUUGCCUCUUGGUAUUGUCGUAAUGGCUGGGAGCAUGAGAGGUGUGACCGACAUCCAUGAGUGGAGAAAUGCAUUGGUAGACUUGAAUAGAGUAGAGCACGGUAAGAUGGAAGAAAAGGUGUUUCCCAUCUUGGAAUGGAGUUUCAAACGCUUGAAAGAAUGUGAAAGGAAUUGCUUCUUGUAUUGCUGUCUUUAUCCGGAAGAUAGUGAUAUAGAAAGAAAGGAACUAAUAGACCUCUUUAUUUGGGCAGAGCUGAUGUCAAAACGGGAAUCAUGGUCAGAAGAAUUUGAUCAAGGUCACACAAUAUUAAACAAACUGAUUAGAGUUUGCUUGCUGGAAAAAACUAAAGAUUUCAAAGGGGAUGACUGUGUGAAGAUGCAUGAUUUGGUCAGAGAUAUGGCAUUAAGGAUCACAACGCAUGGAAACUCCAAACCAGAGAGCAGCAGAGAUGAUGUACCACGAUUCUUGGUGAAAAGCUUAGGACAGGAAGAUUCAAAAGUAACAACACUGGAACAAGAUGAGUGGACAGAAGAUCUCCGUGCAGUUUCCUUCUAUUCACAAAAUUCCAAAGGAAUAGAAAUUCCACCAGCCUGGUCACCAAAUUGUCCUAAGCUCUCAACCUUGCUUCUUUCUUGGGUUUCCAUAAAAGAAAUCCCAGAUUCAUUCUUUCGGCACAUGUGUGGACUUAAAGUUUUGAAUCUAUCUGAGUCCCAAGGUAUAACAGAGCUGCCUGAUUCUGUUUCAAACUUGGUGAAUCUCACUGCUUUGAUUUUGGGGCAUUGUGACGGCCUCCGAUUUGUGCCACCACUGGGAAAGCUCAAGCAAUUGAGGGAUUUGGACCUAUCCAACACUGAGAUUGAGGAUUUACCUGAAGGCUGGGAGUCGCUGGUUAACCUCGAAAGGCUUAACUUGGAUGACUGUUGCGCUAUAAGACAAAAGAUAAUACCAAAAGGGACAUUUUCCCAAUUUCACCGUCUUCAACGGCUAUUAUUGCCACCCUAUGGUAGCGUCCAAGUUAAUGAUCCAGAAGUGUUGAACCAAUUAGAAAGUUUUAAAGGAUAUUUGUCUUUUACAAACUUUUAUAAAAUUACUCAGUGGCCAAAAUACUAUCAAGUUUAUAUCUGCGACAUCUUAACUAAUGUUUAUCCGUUUUAUGAGGUUGAAGCUUAUGGGGACCAGAAAGAACUGCAUUUCCAUCAGUGUAAGCUUGGUAGAGGAUCAAACGAUCUGCCAGAUGAUAUGGAAAGUCUGAUAAUCGAGGAUUGUGAGGGCAUGGGCAUUAGGUGCUUGUCAGAUGCUUUUAGGAAUUUUAUAAAUUUAAGCCACUUAUCUGAUUUGUAUAUUAUGGAUUUGGUUGGAAUAGAGUUCCUCUGCCAAUUGUCCUCUGCUUCUCCACGUGAUCAGUUGGAACUCUCUAGUCCACUCUGUGAUCUCGAAGAGCUACGCCUCUCCGGGUUGCCAAAUCUGGUUGGUCUUUUUUACGGAGAAUCAGAACCAUCAUAUUUGCUUCCAGCUGGCACCUUUUCUUCCCUCAGAGAAUUGAGGAUUUUUGGAUGUCACAACAUGAAGCAGCUAUUCACAGUGCAGCUGCUGCAGAACCUUCAAAAUCUUGAAACAUUAAGAGUUGAUGGUUGUGAAGGACUGGAGGAGAUAGCAGCAGAUGGCAAUGGAGUAGGACAAGGAGGAGGAGAAGGCAUCCAAUUGACUUCAAGUGGAGCCACCGCCACUGUCACCCUUCCGAAAUUACGGAGGUUGCGUCUGACUAGGCUGCCACAACUGAAGAACGUUUGCAAGGCAGCCAUGAUCUGCGAUUCAAUUGAGAAGAUUAAAAUAUUUGAUUGUCCAAAGGUAAAGAGGCUGCCUUUGUUUCUUCCUACCAUCAAUGGACUACCAUCUCCUCCCAGCACUCUUAGUAAAAUCAGGGGAGAUAAAGAAUGGUGGGAAUCGUUAGAGUGGGACUAUCCUACUGCCAAAAAUGCCUUUGACCCAUAUUUUACCACGGAGCAUCAGACCGAUGAUGACCACCUGUUUGAUCAAAAUCCUGACUGGUUCUCGCGUUGUCUUGCUUUCCCCUUAUCUAAAGAGGCUUUCGAAACAAAGCUACUGGGAAUAUGUGUUUGCAAAUGUUUAAAUUCGAAAUUUCAUACUGAGAGCCACAAUAAAUUGGAAGGAAGUAGAAUUGCAGAGCAAUUUAGAUGAUUGCACUUGCGUUGGUGCCAUGGAUGAAUUUGAUUUGUGUUUCUGGGUAUACUGAUUAAGUGUUGUUUGUCAAUAUUUCUCAGGUUAAUCUAGCUAUUCUAGGUAGCCACAAAAUUGCUGUUGCAAGAGAGAUGAUGUUCCAAAAAGAAGUGUUAAAUGAAGCCUUGUAUACCAAUACCAAAUUUCCUUCCAAUACCUGCUUCUUCCUUAGCUGCAUUAUAGUUGCUGCUUCUCAUCAUGUUUAGCUUUCUAUUCCUAAUUUGAUGAUGUUUUUCCCGUACUUGAUUGUAACUGGAGCCGUGCUACAGUUUUUUUUUUUCAUGACUAUUCCUUGAAUAUCAACAAAGCUGUUUUGGGGUAUUAUGCCAAAAUUUUUAGUCACAUUGUGCUCCAAGAAUGCGAUUUCUCUCUAUCAAUUUAAACCUUUCUGUGCAUGUACUUUUUCCUGAUUUCCACUUCAAGCAAUUAUAUCUCGAGUUCCACUGAUAUUUCUUUAGCUAAAUCCUUUUGAUUAGGGUUAGGAUUGUAUAUGCAUGUUUAAGAAGUAUCAGAAUAACAUACGAAUCCCUUCUAGAGUCAAGCAUCUACAUUUAGAAUAAAUGAAAAAAAAUGCUGUUACAUCACUUCUCUGCAUGACUC